CAUUAACCCAACAGGUAUGCCUCUGGUUUAGAAUUACUCUACCUUUAACCUGGGCUCCAUUUUAAUAUAAAAUACAGCAACAACACAGCAGCUUUAAGAGAGAGAGAGACAACGCUGAUUUAGCUUAACUAAAUCACCCAAGGACCAGGGAAGUAAAACAAGGGAUCAAGGAAGCAUGAGAACCGCAGGCUGUAUUCUGAGUUCUGUAUUGUGUUGCUGGGGGACCAUCCUUGCCGUGACACAGAAUCCAAACUCCUGCUUUGUCACCAAUGAGCAGACGAUCAACUGCAGUGAGAGGAAUCUCAAGCUAAUCCCUUCGACAUUUAUCAAGAACACAGUGACUACCAUGGAUCUAUCUCACAACCAGCUGGACUUCUCCAGCCCUGAAAACCAAAGGAGUCUACAUGGCCUUGGGUCUUUGAUUUCCCUGAACCUUUCCAGCAACUACCUCCCCCUGCUGAACAGAUCGACCUUCAGCAACCUCCGAAAUCUGCAGAUCCUGGAUCUCAGCAACUGCAGCCUGAAGGAGAUAAAGCCUGGGGCUUUCCAGGGCCUGUCUAACCUACAGACACUCAUUCUCAGCAGGAACCAGCUCAGGGGCUCCCUCCCUCUGGCUCUCCUGGCGCUGAAGCUCCUAACAUUGCUGGAUUUGCAGAACAACAGCUUGGUCUCUGUUGACCCGCCAUUCCUGGACUGGCUUGGGAAGGUGAAGGACGUGAAACUUCAAGGCAAUGAGUGGAGGUGUCACUGUCCAAACAGCACCAUCCAGCAGUGGGUCAACCAAUCCGGAGUGUCUGGGUUGAACUGCUCCUUAACUGAUGACUCCACAAGCUUGAACAUCGAGGCCUAUCCGUGCAAGGAAAGUCUUUUUAUGUCUCUCACUGCUGAGUACCGAGAUACUAUCCACUCCACAGGAUCAAACAGUACCAGUGUGCUACCAGGGGGCACCAGCAGUGUGCUACCAGGGGGCACCAGCAGCAUGCCCAGCUGGAAGUACCUGGUGGCGGUGCUGGUGACGGCUAUCGGCCUCUCCGUCCUGAUCGCGCUGGCCGUGAAGUGCAAGCUCUUCAGCCGCUACCUGGCCAGCUACCGGCACACGCGGCUGUCCGACACCGAUGCCUCCAGCCGGUACAGCCAGUACGACGCAGAGAGCAUGUCCGGGCAGGGCGGGGCCCACGAGCCUGAGCUCGCCCCCGGCGACCUGGAGGAUGACGAUGGCUUCAUUGAGGAUAAUUACAUCCAGGCCAGCGAGAAACAGCGAGCCGAGCAAGAGGCAGGGGAGGAGGAGGAGGAGGAAGAUGACUUCCAGUUUUCCAUUGCAUAAAGGGGGGGGGAGGGAUGGUUACUGGGCAGCUGCCAAACAGGAUUUGUUUUAAGGGUGACUUAAAGCUGUCCAUAGGGACUGGAGACUCACUUCCACUCUAGAUUACUGAACAAUCUUAUGAAGAAAAUAAUACAAAUUGCUUUUUGUUUUUUAAACCAACAACAAUAUAUUAAAACAAAGAAAAUGCAUACAAACAUAAACUGGUGUUGGGUAACAUUUUCCAUGAAGUGUCUCUAAUGACUGUGUAUUUACAUAGCAUUUGCUUAGUAAAUACAUGUGUACUUACAUAUAAUUACAAUGUUAUUAUGCAUGGUUACAAUGUACUUAAUUUGUAUUUUUUUGCAUGAUACAACCCUAAUCCUAUCCCUAAACUCUAAUUCUAAACCAAACCCUAACCCCACUAACCUUAACUCAAAGCUAAUCCUAACCCCAAGCCAUUUUCUGAUACAAUUGUGUACUUUAUAUAUAUAUAUAUAUAUAUAUAUAUAUAUAUAUAUAUAUAUAUAUAUAUAUACAUAUACCAUGCAAAAAGAUUUACCCGUUAAGUCCACUGUAACUCUGCAUAAUAACAUUGUAACUGCGUGUAAGUACACAUGUAUUUACUAAGUAACUACGAUGUCAAUACACAGGAAUUAGAGACAUGUCAUAUAAAGUGUUACUGGUGGUUCUUUACCAGAUUUCUUAUGUUAAAGUGUUUCUUCACAAACACUCCAUUGUGAAUAUUCCAUUUGAUCACGAGGAGCCUGAUUGGUGAGCUCAAUGGUAUAUGCUCUGAUUACACCCAUCACUCCACUGACCAAUACAAGCACAACUUGGAAACAUCUUGUGUUCAUCCUGAAACUGAUUAUUGAACAUUGGGAACUGUGGAAUUACAGGGUGACACGGGCAUUGACAAAGUGUGCUUUAACACUGUGUAUCUACCGGGCUGUUGUGUUGAAAUCAAAUAAAACAACGCGGCACGAAGCUGAGAUUUCCAUUUAAAGCAUUCCCUGAAAAAUGGGGCUUUGACAACCUGAUUCUCCAUCAAGUUUAUUUUAUGUAAUUUAUUCAUCACGGGAACAAGUUAUUUUGUGUGCUUACGUUAAUUGCUCUAGUUUAAUAAGUAGCAUAACAAAACAAACCGUUUCAUAUGGUUUAGAAAUAUUCGUGCAGUCGAGAGGUAGUCCUGUCUAAUUUCUAAAUAUUCUGAUUCAAUUGAACAAAAUGUUAUAGAAUUCUGUAAACUAUGGUAAGUGCACAGUACACCAUGAGAAAGCAUGGGAAAGCUACAUAAACACAGUGCUAAAAUACAGCAGUAAGCUUUUAUAAGGGUUAUGUUAUAUUAUUAAGAAUGAUUCAUUCGUUACAUUUACAUUUUUACUAAAAUAUGUUACCAAUCGGGCUCCAUAAGCACCAUGUAAAGAUGUAAAUUCGCUGUAAUUAAAACCACCAAAACAAUUAUUUGUAGUGCUUUAAUUAUUAAAUAUACAGUAAAUCAAUGGGAGCAAUGACACCACUAGGGGGUCGCUCUUAAACCUUUUCAGAUGUAACUGAAGUAUAUUCUUUUGUUCACAAAUAAACAACUUGUGAACAAUAA